AUGAAAAUUCCUCCUGGUUUUCAGAAAAAGGGAGAUACUCGUGUUUAUAAACUCAAUAAAUCUUUGUAUGGUCUAAAGCAGGCAUCUCGUCAAUGGUUUGCUAAGUUUUCUUCUGCCUUACUUGAGGAAGGUUUUCAACAGUCUCGUGCUGAUUACUCUCUUUUUCUUUAUCAUAAAGGUGCAAUCUCUAUUUAUGUUUUGGUUUAUGUCGACGAUAUCAUCAUUACAGGUAAUAAUGACUUGGCUAUUAACCAACUCAAACAUAAACUUGAAGCCAAAUUCUCGCUCAAAAAUCUUGGGCGUUUGCAAUAUUUUCUGGGAAUUGAAGUUUCUCGUUCUCCCAAAGGUAUUUUUCUUGGACAACGUAAAUAUAUUCUUGACAUUGUCCAAGAUGCAGGUUUUUUGGGUGCUAAACCUGCUGCUUCUCCUAUGGAGCAACACCUUAAAUUAUUACCGGAUUCAGGACAUCCUAUACCUGAUCCAAGUGUCUAUCGACGAUUAAUUGGUCGUCUACUAUAUCUUCAGGUGACUCGCCCUGAUAUCACUUAUUCUGUGAAUUAUUUAAGUCAAUUUCUGCAACAUCCUUGUUCUGGUCAUUUGGAUGCUGCUUAUCGUGUGGUUCGUUAUCUUAAAGGUACUGUUAGUCAUGGAAUUUUUCUCUCUGCAACUAGCUCUCUUUCCCUAGCUGGUGAUACUGACUCAGAUUGGGCAGGUUGCCCAAUUACUCGUCGUUCUACGGCAGGAUAUUUGACAAUGCUGGGUGCUAGUCCCAUUUCUUGGAAAUCCAAGAAACAACCCACUAUUUCUCUUUCUUCUGCUGAGGCAGAAUAUCGAGCUCUCGCCAGGGUGACUUCUGAGUUACAAUGGAUACACUAUUUAUUCACUGAUCUUCGUGUUAGUAUUCCGAAACCAAUCCCAGUCUAUUGUGACAAUCAGGCUGUUGUUCACAUUUCUGAAAAUCCGGUAUUUCACGAACGAACUAAACAUAUCGAAAUCGAUUGUUAUUUUGUUCGUGAAAAAGUGAUCUCCGGUCUCAUCAAACCCACUCACAUUCCCUCUGCAGCCCAAUUGGCUGACCUUUUCACCAAACCGCUUGGUGUGGAUCACUUUCGUCAUCUUGUCAGCAAGUUGGGCGUUCGGCACCAUCUUCCUCCCGCUCCAACUUGA